AUGCCUCAGACAGCAGCGACGGUCGCUCCCUUCUCUCAAGCACACCGCCGUUAUGUCAUGCACCUCUACCGCCGCGCGUUGAAGGGCGCCCUCGACUGGUAUGUCCGACGCGAUCUGUGGCGGAUCAAGGCGAUGGAGUUGCGCGCCCAGUUCGAGCGCAACCGCAACGUCCGGGACCCGCGAGCGGUCGCUGCAUUGCUCAACGAGGCGGAGCAGGAGGUCCAGAAGCUCUCACACCCCGACCCUUACCGACCUCCAGAGGCUGUCGACGGAACAAAGUGGGAGCGCAACAUUCCCCCUCCCAUGUUCACGCCCGAGGAGAAGGAGGCGGCGCGCCGGGCUUUCCUGGGCGACGCGGCAUAG